AUGGAUCCCCCACCGCCUGUCUCUCGCAACGGCUUCGAAUACUACAACGAUGAAUUCUACGUCCUCGUGCACCCCAACCACCGACACCGCCGCUCUACUAUCCCCGAGCUACGUGCCUUCUUCAACACAAGCCCCAACACGACUUCUCUCAAAGACAAGCCCGCGCACUGGUACCGCGCCCAACUAAUCCACUAUGGACUCCAGCCGAUAGAUCGCAAAGAUACAGCUACCGUGCGACUCCUUGAUGCUUUGAAGCAGGGCACGCUUAGAGUGCCGGAGUACAUCGAACGAAUGGAGCGGGAAAUGAAGAGCGAAUACAACAGCAAGAAGAAGAGUGCUUUGAAACCAGGACGGAAGCGCAACGCCCCGACUGUGAAGAAACGGCUGGGUGGCUUUGCCGAUCUUGAUAUCGACAGGGAAGAGCUGGGUGCCGGGAAUCCCAAGAGGUCGGGACGGCUGGGCUUUUCGGUGUCUAAUUUGAAUAUCAAUUUCAAUAUUGGAGGGUUCGGUGGUGCGCGCAAAUCGGCAAAGACGACUCCCAAGGUAAAGCCUGAGUUGAGUGUCCUGCAGGAGAUGAUGAGGAUGGGGAACAGCCCCAGCCGGAAUGAUGAUCCGCAAAGUUCUCGCGGCAGACCUCGUCCUCGUCUAGCCCUCGACCCUCUCAACGGCUCUUACAAAAUCGACUCCUUCGCCACCGACACGCGCAAUUCCGGCAUGACCCUCCGCGUCAGCGGGCCCAGCCUCUGGGGCGAGUUCCAGCUUGGAUUCGUCCAGGGCAUCCUGUACAUGGCCCAGCGUCCCUGGAACAUCUCCUACGAAGACGGCGGCGGCUGUCCGUUCCUGUGGCGCACCAGAGACCUCGACACGGGACUGGGGAUCUAUGGGCCGCAACACUGCGGGGAGAUGCGGUUUCUGGACGAUGGGAAUGUCGACGGGAUCUUUUAUAAUUUUCCGGAUGGAGAGGGAGGUUGGCUCGAUUGUGAGGUUUGGGGGAGGAGGAUCGCGGAGGUGGAGCUGGGAAUUGGGAGAGAUGCGGCGAGUAUGAGGAUGGAGUUUGAGAGUAUUGGGCGUUGA